GAAGGGUUUGCGUUGGUGUAUUGGUUGGCAGAGCGAGCGCUUGUCAAAAAAAAAAAAAAAAAAAACCUUCCUCUGACAGAAGGCAUGAUUCACAGCAGAGAGAGAGAGGAGAGAGGAGGUGGAGAGCCGUACAAGAGAAAAAGAGAAAAACAACGGUCAAGAUCAAGAUGUGAGAUGCACAGAGGAACGACAUAGGCACAAUUCCGAUGGGCGACUCUCGUCAACAAACAGAAGACAAGACAAGUGCAUCCAGUCUUCCAUCCACUGUGUGCUCUGUGCCCGCGUUCCAAACGCUCUGGUGGAAUAAAACUCAACUGGCUCUAAGCAGCUUAAAACUAUAUAUUAAUGAACUCAUGCUGGUAAAAACAUGGGAGGCAUCAAGCAUUUUUUAUUAGCAAAUGAGCAAAGAACAAUAACACUGCGGACAUAGAAAGUGGACACAUAUUUGCUUUUAUAUAUCCUCCGAUGUCUGCUGCGAAAAUAUUUUGAAGUGGAACUCAGUUUUUUUCAAGCUUCUUUUUUGGGCCACUGAAAUGUUUGAAAGACAAGACCCCCUCUAACAGAAUCUAGUCUGUUUAGCUCAUCCACCGCUCGACUGCCAUUUAUAUUAACAACCUUCUUCAAAUUUAGAUACCCAAAAGACUUCACAAUUGACGCUUCAAACUUCCCACGUGUCUCCCAUCCACCCUUCCCACAGUCAGCCAUCCAACAAAACAUGGGCAAACCACUUAGCCGUCCAGGCUGUUUCCGGAAGAGCUCCUGUUGCCUGGAGAAACAUGGAGUUGGGGAACGAGUGAGAGGGCGAGAUGGGAUGAUGGAAGGGGGAUAUGGUGAUGGUUAUGUACCACAACGUUCCAUCUAUGAUACCAUGUGCAUUAAUCAACAAAUAGACAGCCACCACCAUCACCACCACCCAGGGGGGUCCACACGGCGAGAUGUUGGAGGUGAAGGAAGUUUCUACUCUGCAAGUGGCUCCCUUAGGGUCAGCAGGUCCCCAGCUGAAAUGUUUGAUUCUCAGCCGUGCUCUCUGACUCCUAACCCUUCAUUUGUUCGACGUCUGGACGAAAGGGCCAUCUAUGAUUCACUCAAACUUGGGGCUCAGGAUACUGGUGGUGGUGGCUGCUCUUCACCCGGACAUUUCAACCGAUCAGUUUCUCCAGCCGUCUCCUCCUUUUCAGCUCCAGGAGUGUCAUCAUCAUCUAAGAAGCACCCCCAUCACUAUCACCAUCAUCAUGGGGACAGCACAAAGAGUAGAGACGGCCGCCACUCAUGGAAAGUUCUCACUCCUCCAAAACACCUGGAGUGUUUGGACAUCACCACACAUGAAAUGAUGGACCGAGGAGGAGGAGGAUAUUUGAACCCAGCCCACUAUUCACAUGGCGGAGGCCAGUCCUCCUCUCUGACAUCACCCCUUAUAUCACCCUUCUCUGGCUCACCUCUUUCGUCUGGUUACCAUACUCCUGUCUUCUUCUCACCUGCCAAACCUCGUCCUAGUCAAACUCAGAGUUUGCGUUGUUCACCUCCACAUGUCCUCCAACCCAGACAUUACUCCCAAACACAGAGCCUAAGAAUGUCCCCGCCCCAUGAGCUUAGACGUUCCCCCUACCGAGCCCCGCUGGUCCAACUAUCAGCUCAUGAUCUUGAGCUGGACCUGAGAGACCAAGGUGGAUGGGGCCAUAAUGAGCGAGAGCGGGAGUGGGAAAGGGAGAGAGAGAGGGAGAUGGAGAGAGGAUGGGCACAGAGAGAGUGGGAAAGAGAGCGGGAAAGGGGGAGGCUGGAACGGGAGCGAGCAAGAGAAAGGGAGAGGAGGGACACAUCAACUUUUGGGACCUUUGGCUAUGGCCGACCAGUUACUUCAGAAAGAGAUUCUGUCUUUUUAGAAUCUGAUCAUGUUUUAGACACAACACCUCUUUUGCUCACGCAGUCUGCGCCUUCACCGUCACCAAGUGCUGCCCCAAGAAUGGGUACUGGUGCAGUGGGUAGGAAUAGAGCUGGGUCAAAGGUAGGCUCUGACUCUAUUGGUGGUGGUGUGGUUUCUAAAAUUGACAAUGGGAAUAUGGGCCUGGGGUUUGUUGAAAGCACACCUGGUUGUGUAACAAGACUAGUCAGUGGGGGUGGAGGCAUGUCUGAGGCUGACAUUAUGAUUGGUAUACAAGGAAAAAAUAGAGUUGAAAAUUGGGGGAAAUAUGAAAACGGAGUCAAAGCUAGUAUUAAAAAUGGGUCUGAAAAAAGAAUGGGCUCACAGGUGAAAACAAGAGCCGGGGGAAGGGAUUUGGAAGGAAAAGUGGAAUCUGGAGUACAGGUAGAAAAUGUGUCAAAAGCUGCAAACAGAGAAGGACAAAGAGGAGGAUCAAGGGGUGGAGAAAAACUCUUAAGAGCUGUCACUAAACCCGAACCUAUUGCUGAGGCUGUACCAUCAACUUUGCAUGAUGUAGACAAUAAAGUUGUUCCCGGAGAGAAAAAUGUUCCUGGAUCUGGGUCUGAUUGUAAAAUGAAGCCAGAGAUUAAAACAGGGCCUGAGAUGAAAGAUAAUUCAAGGCUGGAGAAUAAUCCUGGAACAGAAGUCGGAAUAGCUCAAGUUAACGAGUUUAACUCAGCACCAGCGUCAACAUUAGAACCUAAGCUUGAAACGGAGUUGAAGAUUGUGUCUUCAUGUGAGCCUGAGGCAGCUUUAGACAUUGGUCCGGAAAGGAAAGGAAAAGGAAAGGAAAAGGAGGAUAAGAGUAACACGGAGACUCCCAUUGAAGAGCACAGAAGCACAAAUAAAACUCCGGUAAAUGUGGAGGUUGGGGAUAAAACUGAAACUGCCCCUGCGGAGCAAGCUCAGAAAAGCCCCGUGGACAUUUACAAGAUAAUAUCUGGUCAUGCCGGAAAAGGAUCCAAAAGCCAGAAGUCCAAAUCAUCUAAAUCCAAUUCCAGGAUUCGACCUGGUACAGCCACAGGGCUCAGACCUGGGGUGCUUAGCCCACGACUUAGAAAAGGUCUUGCAGACCUGGAGUCACAAGGCCCUGCUGAAGGCAUUGAGUCCACCUGGCCUCGUCGAAUCAUGGUCAGAAAGAGGACAGUUCGACAGGGAGGUGCAAUCCAUAACCUCCCAAUUCUCCCCCCACUUCCCUCAGUAAUAUCUGCCUUGGAGAAGCGGCGCCCACACGCCCAUCUCCAUUCCCGCCCAGGUCACCACUCAGAGAACCCGCUUACUACAGAUGUUACAAUUUUUACAGGCCGAUGCUCGCUGAAAGAACCGUCCCACCAAGAACAAGUACAGGGCACAAGUUUAGUGGGCAGAGCGUCCCUGAAGGAGCAGAACCUGGAGCACUGGAGGGUCUACAGAGACCAGGAAGAAUCCAGGAGAUCCAGGAGCAGGGAGAAACAAGGAGAGACGAGUAAGGAGAGCGCUAACAAUAAUGAGGAGAAGAGAGGACAAGAACAGAUUGGUGAAAAUGAGAAGACUCAUGAUAAAACCGAGGAAAAGGCUGCUGUUGGGAAGCAAACAGUGGAAGAAAUCAAACAAGACAAGAUCAAAAUAAGCUCAGAAGAAAAGGUCCAAGACAGUGGAGUCAUAGAAGAAAAUCUAACGAUCUGCGAGAAAACAGAAAACAGAAGUAUUAAAGAUAGAACACAAGAGCAACUGGGGAAAACAGCAGUGAAAGUCACAGUCCAAGUAAAGAAAGAAGAAUGUGUGAUGGAGGGAAUUCAUAGAGGAACAUUUGGAGAGGGCCAGGAGGUGGAGAGUUGGGAUUCAGUGCUCGACAUGGUCAACACAUUAUGGGAUGACGGCUGGGAAAAAGGGGGAGCGACAGGAGGUGAUACAGAUUCCUUAUCAGGUUCUCUUCAACGUUGGCCUCUCCUCCGGCCCCCGGUAGGCUUUGGAGGCUCUCAUCCACCCUCCUCUGCAGCCUCUGAGCUCAGCUUGACAGAGCUAGAGCGGAGAGCGAGGGAGCUGGAUUCGGACUUGGAGCACCUCGAUCUGUCUCAGCCCCACAGAGACACCCAGGAUUUAUACCAAAGACAGAUGGAGUCUCAAAAGGAGCGAGCUGACAUGUACCAAACACACCCCGGGCCACAGAGAGAGAAAGGGCCACUAUUAACAGGAGUGAAGAGCAGGUUCCUGGUCAAUCUUGAGCUCAGCUCUAAAGCCCUACUACCUGACACUGACCCAGACAACGACCCUGUGGGAUGGUCAACUAAAUCUUCUACUGUGACUUCUUCUGUUGGUAUAAGCCCAUAUAAAGAGGACAGCUCUCCAGACUCCAACCUAACUCUGGAAUCUGACUCCAGUGGCAUUUUCCUGUCAUCCAAUCAGAGCCAGGAGGAAGGCGGGUCUGACAGCGACCAGCCAAUCAGUGGCUCCGACCUAGGCAGCAGCAGCACAUCAUUGGAUAAGGACGGGGAUGAUGGAAGUUUAAAAGAAUGGGGCAGGGAGGAGAGUGCUGACCUCCAGUGGUGCUACCCCUCGCUUCUCAACACCUCUCCGCGUGACGACGUAGGAGGGCAUAGUCAAAGGGAAGAGGAUGCUUGUGGCACAGGAGGGGGAGAUGGAAAUGGAUGGAGAGAUGAUAAGACAGGAGGAGUGGUUUCAAUUUAUGAAGCCACACUGGACACAAAUCUAAAUGUGUCUCAGAGUGAAGCAAUGCGACCGAGCAGAAAGGUUACCAUCAUUGCCAAUGACCCCCUUCUUCCUCCAUCUCCCUUGAAGCAGCAAGUCAAACAUGUUCUUGAUCCAUAUCAUAAACCGAUUCGAAGCUCAGGACUGGACUGUGGUGACAUUGAUCCAUAUGUCCAACCAGAUAGCUUUGUUUACCUUGCUGUGUCUGCAAGACCCCCUGGUGAGCUCCCCAUGGUUACGGAUUUUGCUACCCAUGACAUCAAACAAGAGAAUGUGCACCAACACUUUGACAACAGGAAAACACACAUGGAGCAGACCAUCUUGGAACCGGAUGCCAAGCCGUCUCACUUUGUCCCCCAUAAACCAGAGGAGGGAGACUUUUUGUGCACUGACAGCUUUGUCUACCUAGCUGCUCCAGCCUGCCUACUACUGGGGCCUGAAGGAUCUACAUCAUACAGUGGCAGGGAGUCAGACUCUGACUCAGACUCUGGUCCUGUUGACGAGUCAGUACUGGGUUGUGGUUCAGUGGCAGGAGACAGCGACUGGGAUUCAGACCUGUCUGACUCGGAUCCCUGUCGCCCCUUCAGAGUCUCCGCUGCCGGGCCUAAACCUGCUGGGGAGGCGCGACCCAAACGGCUGCCAGCGGAACCCCGUUGGGACUCGUUUGGAGAUUCCACAGAACCUGAAGUGCCAGAUGAGCCGUUCAAAGAUCAAGACCGAAACAACAAGGCGACCAUGGAUACCAGCGGGUCAUCCCACGCGACGGCAGCACCAGCCAAUCAGGCCGAGAUGUCAUCAAACACAGCCGAGCUCUCGUCAUCAACCAAGAAGGUUACAUGGCAGUUUAAACCAGCCCAAAGGUCAGUCUGCACGGGAAGUAGGAAGGAGAAGGAAAUGGCAUCAGCGGCGAGGAUAACUGAACUUGGUGGAGGCGGGGAUCAUAGACCUCCCCCUUCAUGCUCAUCACCUUCAUCAUCUUCCUCAUCGUCCUCCUCAUCGGGCUAGUACCUGAGCUUUUGGCAGGAGCUGUUCAACACCUAAGCUGAGUUGCUUCCGAAAAGGUAGAGAAGUUCUUCAAGUUUCUCCGUAGAACCUGAUGACUUGAACUAUCAUAUCAACAUGAAUGUUUUUAAUCUUGUAUCUACCUUGCUCCCUUGCCACAUAAAGCGACAUAAACGCGAACCACAUGAGAUUUGUACAUGACUUAACAGCAGGGGUGUCCAAACUUUUCACACUGAGAGAUGCUAAAAUCAGUCCAAUGUAGGCCAAGAAAUGCUAAGCAAUUUGAAGAAAACAUCCACAUCAUAGCGUUGUGUUAUAUGUGACAAAGCAAAUAGUUUAACGGAACGCCACAAUCACCGUUUAGCACGUACCUUAGUUUUAAAGUGCUCAUGACCUUGAACCGUGAACCCUCCCAACAAGAACUUGCCGUGGAAUACAUCUGUUGACAUAUUGUUGUGAUGCAUUUUUUUGUUGAUUUACUGUUGUUGUUAUAUAUUUUUUGGAAAUUAUGCCCGCUCGUUGUGUGGCACGCUUUUGCUCAAACACUGGAGCAGACGGAGUUUGCCUGUUUACAGGACGCCGCGUCAGAUUCCUCGGUAUUAUGUUCGGCACAUUUCUAGGACAGUUGUUUUGAUACCGCACUGAAGAUAAAGGAAAAUUUGGGACCGAAUGUGUAUUACCGGGGGUUGCUUCCACCAUCAGCUGUCCCGACCACCUUUCCUCAAACCAGACCGGGAGAAACACGAGCACUGGCACAGAAGGAAAUUAACAAAAAGUCAAAAACCCGAAGACGUUACUGCCAAGGUGGCAGUAAGAGUUUUUUCUACUGGAUAUAUUCUACGAGUCUUAGAAGAAUAAUAUUGGUUUUCAUUCCAAAUUUCAAGGCUAGCUAAACAGCGACUCGUCACUUGUCUUGUGUCUUGCAGCCGAUCUGUCUAAAGAGUCAUUGCUGCUGACUCGUCUUGUAUCUUGGAGUUUGCAUACAUACAGUAUGUCAGUGUUAAUCACUGCCAGGCAAACAACAUACCAUUUUUAAAAAAUGUGUGUUAUAUCGCACUAGUCACAACCUAAUAUCAGUAAAUGUUAGUAUUUUUUUUAUUGUUGUGAAUGUUUCCUUUUUUUCACUUUGCUGUUUUGUCUCUGGACGUGAUGUCACAGAGGCGGUUCAGAAAACUCCCUGGGCUCCGUGCGAUAAUCACAACUUCAUUUCACUCAUAUUUUAUAGUUGUUUACUGGCAGAUGAAAGAAGCGUUUUAUUUUUUCAAGAGAGUACUUUUAUUUUCUUAUUGUUUUUUUCAAAUAUUUUUUGGCGACAUGAGCACUUUAAGGACACGGUUCGAUUCAUUUUUAGGUACGGUCAGGGAACAAAAUUCAAAACAUAAAAGUUUCAUAUGAACAGCUCUAUCAAUGUUUCAAAUGAAACGGCACACUGCUGGCAGACAAUUCUCCAAUGAAUUGAAUUCUAAAAUAAAAAAUGCAAAUAGUUAUAGCAGGGGUGGGGAACCUACGGCUCGGGAGCCAGAUGAGGCUCUUUUGAUGACUGCAUCUGGCUCUCAGACAUUUCUUAACACCAUAAAAUGUGUUUAUUUUCAUUUGUUUUCCUGACAUUUUAAAGUAAAACACACAGUGUUAAAAAUAACAUUAAAAAUAUGCAUUCUAAUGCAUUUUAAUCCACCCAUUUGAUUUUGUAGCGCAAUGCUAGCUGUCCUUCCCAUAUUUUCCGUGUCAGACACUGAAACUUGAUUAUUAUCAAGGUCGUCCCUCCUUUAAUCAAAUAGUCAGCUAGCUAAUUGUGCAGAGACAACCCUUUUGACGAAAAAGGAAAAGAAAGAAAGAUACGGAGUAGGGCGCAAAACCAUGCAGCACCAGAAGUAAUUUAUUCAUUCUUGGUUAGCUUCCAUAUAACAUUAUUACAAAAAAUAAAUUCAGAGACUUAUUAUAUUUUGAAAUUGUUGGUCUUCCUUAAAUAUACACACAUUUGGUUGUAUUCGAUGUUAAAAAAUAUGAUAUGGCUCUCACGGAAAUAUAUUUUAAAAUAUGUGGCUUUCAUGGCUCUCUUUGCCAAAAAGCUUCCCGACCCCUGAGUUAUAGCAUCCAAAAAAAUGAAGGGGUGAGGGGCGUUCAGCUUGUUGCUCGUCCUUGAUGCAUUUUCUGCAUUUAAGACCAUUCCAAUGUAGGUCGUUAUCUGCUAAGCUUAGUGUUAUAGGUGACAAAGCAAAUUAGUGUAAUAUCUAACCAUACAAUUAAUUUAGUAUUAACAAGGAAUUCAUUUUAUUUUUAGAAUAUACCAAGAGCCAAGAAAAAAAAUGGCGCAGACCAAAAAUGGGCCGCACUUUGGACACCGCACUUUGGACACCCCUGGUUUCCAGUGUUUCUUUUUAGGAAAGUGCAAUGAUGAGAUGAGUGCAACGGCAAUGAGACGACGAAAGACUCAGGGUGAGAUUGAGGAAAUACAGCCACUGAUAGUUUUACUUUGAGAAACAUAACAGGGUUUGGUCUAUUGUGUACAUUUUUACAUAUUCUCUUUUUACAAUGUUGAUUGUACUGUACGGGACAUACACUAUAACAACCAUAACAAAGAUCCGUUCUAAAACAAUAUUGCAAAUAUAAAAGGCUCUGCGGCGUUGGAAUGACAUUAAUGCGCCAAUUGAAAGGGCGUUCAAAAGGAGGCCAACAUCUGACAAUUUAACGUAACUCAGGCCUUUUGAUUUCAUAUAUAUGGAUGUAUUUUACUAACGAUUCAAAGUAAGCCUUUAGAACAUGACAGAGGUCAAGCUAAGGUGUACAAUGUAUUUUAUAGGCACAUUUAACACUACAGUGUAUUAAGAGUGUGUGAACAGUACAUUUUAACACUUGAGAUAAGAACGACAAAUAUGCAGAUAUGGAAGAGUUGUGGAAGGACUUAUUAACACUUUAUUUUAAAUGUUUUAUUUAUCAGUUCAACUUGAAAUUGUGAAUGUAAUCAUUGAGCAAUAUGCUUAGAAAUCCAUGCUACACUAUAUUCUAUGUGAGAAGUGUUUCCUGAGCGAUAUGUGUAACAAUAGUUUAUGGUAAGUUUAAUUUUCUCUCUAGAAAGCCUGAUGUAUUUAUGAAUGCCUCUAAUGAAUCCUCCAUUAGAGGCUGCUGUAAUUAUCGGCGGUAAUCAACAAGAUCAUGUCUGAAAUGAUGGACAAUGUUUGUCUUACAAUGAUGGUAUUUUUUACCAGAGGUUGUUAUAUGUUUAUUAUAAUUUAUCAUUUUAAAGAUUAUUAUAUGUGAUCAGUAUUUGCCUUUCUACGGUGGGCGCCAGGGGCAAACGCAGAAAUGAUCCAAAAACACAAAAGCUACAUAAAACAAAUACAUUCUACAAAUUCUCCAAACGCCGCAGGAUCAAAGUGAAAUGUAAAAGAAAAAUGCUGCAAAAAACGCACACAAACCCCCAAAACAACUGCAUGAGAUAUCCGUCUUUAAAGGAAAACUGCACUUUUGGGGGGAAUUUUGCCCAUCAUUCACAAACCUUAUGUGAAACAUGAACACGUAUUUCUUUCCCUGUCUGUGUAAAAAGAGGGAAAACAAGCCAGCUAACAAUGCACGUCAUGGGAGGUACCUAUUUUGACGCUAAAGCCCUCACAAAAAACAACAACGGUGUUUCAUUUACAUAACUGACCUGUACGAUAUUGUUAUUGUAGCAGCUAACACAAAAAACUAUAUUUAUCUGGCGGAGUAACAUGACUCCUCGCUCGUCUCAGCGUCAUUCACUACGCCUCAAGCCACUGCAACGGGACAGACGGAAGAGUGGAUACUACUGGCUCUCAAUUUCGCUGCGAAGACUCAACAAGAUGCUCGUUUGCUGUCAGCAUUUUUUACCUGAGGACUGCAGCACAAGUCUUGUGCUGGAAGACACAGCCAUUCCAAUAAGUGUCGUCGCUGUUUCUAUGCUGCUGUUGUUGACGGAAGUAGCGUUAGCUCCUGUGGGCUGUGUGAAAUCAGCGCACCUAGGAAAGAAGUUUCGUUAAUGUUUUAAAUCAUCAAAAUACAGCAAGAUACUGUAAGUAUUACACGUUACCAUCAAUUUACUUGUUAAUGCGUAAUCACAGCAUGUAUAUAUAACAAUAAAAUGUUGUUAGAGCUUUUCAUGUCUUCUUCAUGACGUGCAAUGUAAGCUGACUCAUGUUCACUGAAAAGGGAAAGAAAUAUUUGUUCAUUAUUCACAUCAGGAUUGUGGAUGAUGGGCAAAAUUCUCAAAAAAUUCCAAAAAAAGUGCAGUUUUCCUUUAAAGAGAUGAGUGGGAUACCCAAGAAGAAAGUUGUUUUGGGGGUUUGCGUUAGUUUUUGUAAUUUGUAGCGUUUUUCCACUGCAUUUGUUUUUGAUCCAGUUUAUGUGGUUGCAGCAUUUUGAAUUUACAACAUUUUCCCAUUGCAUGUGUUUUAUAGGGUGUUUAUGCAUGUUGGCCACACAGUCAGAGGAUCUAGAAGAUCUGGGUUUGAAUCUCCAUUGGGCAUUUCUGUGUGGAGUUUGCAUGUUCUCCCCAUGCGUAUGUGGGUUUUUUCCGGGUACUCCGGUUUCCUCCCACAUUCCAAAAACAUGCAUGUUAGGUUAAUUGGCGACCCUAAAUUGUCCAUCGGUAUGAAUGUGAGUGUGAAUGGUUGUUUGUCUAUAUGUGCCAUGCGAUUGGCUGGCGAAGGCUCCCGAAAUCAGCUGGGAUAAGCUUCAGCAUACCCACGACCCCAGUGAGGAUGGAUUGAUGGAUGUGUUUUAUAGUGUUUGUCGUUUGGAUCAUUUCUGUUUUUGGAGCGUUUGGAUGUUGCCUCUGCCGGCCACCAUAUCGUUGACAUCAAUGUAACAACAUGACCAGUGUUGGUAACUCUACAAUGACUAUUUUAAAAUGAAUGAAAUAAAUUUGAAUGUUGUUUGCUCUCCUUUUGGAUGAGUGUGAAGUCUGGAAGCAAACAUGUUUCUACAUGCUUCCAAGUCAAUUUCUUGCCAUCCAGACUCAAACACAAACGUUUUUGAUGACGAAAUGGGUUUUUGCUUUUGGGGUUUUUCUUACAAUAAUGUACCUUUUUAAGUGUAGUGCAAUUAUAUACAAACCGAUGUACUUUGUUGCUGUUAAUGCUAGCAACUAUCCCAUUCUGUGAACAUUUGCAAGGACAUAUCUGCUGGCUGACCCUCUGUUAGAUAUUUUCCUUGAUGUGUUUGUGUAAGCACUAUCAUUUUUUUGUGGUUUCAAACAUUUGAAGUCAUAUGCCCCUUAACUUUAUAAAAGCACCGGGCCCCACCACAGUGGAGAGCAUGGUUGCAUUUGUGUUGCUAUGGUAACUGCUAUGCAAAGCUUGUAUCAAUAUGCAGACACAACAUACAUCCACGUAGGCGGACAAAGGUCAGCCAUAGUACAAGUAUCAUUCCUCUAUUGCUGUCAUUUACUCUUAUCCAGUAGCAAAGGAAUGUACAUUUCAUCUACAUUUACCAGUGGCGGCUGCUCGUCUUUGAAGCACAGGAAGCCCACUGGGGUCUGACAUACAUUUGAUAUGAUUUAAGCAAGCUGCCUGCUGCCGUCGUAGCUGGGCUAAGUAGCGAGCUACUCCUCCCACGAUGGUGAUAUGAACCAACAAAGGAACAUAACUCAAUAAUGCUGGGAUUAUCUGCUUUAUUUACAUGUACAAAGUGAGAGAACAGCUGUAGCGUUUAAUAAUAACUCAUUCUGGAAGAGACUUCAUAUCUGCUCUGACCGCUGUCUCCCCUCGAAUCUGCAUGACUGUGUCAUAUGGGGAAAGGGAGAAGAAUACCCUGCUCACUCUUCUGGCUGCUGUCAUUCAAAAUCAAGGACCAUACUGCCCCACAGAGUCCCAGUUAAGCUCAGCUUCCUGGGAAGUGACGGUGUUGUCAGUUGAUCUAAUUAGGGUCUUACUUUCUCGCUGUGAGCUUCCAUGGCGAUUUGCCUUAGUGUCUGUGCUGCUGCCGAGGGAAGAGAGAUCGCGUCAAGAGCAAACUCACUCGAGCAAAUUAAUGCCCCACGUACUCACAAAAUUCUAGUGCACUUUUAAUGCAGUUUUAGGUCUACACGUUGACGUUAACGCAUUUGUGACAAAUUCAUCCAUCCAUCCAUCUUCUAUGCCGCUUGUCCUCAUUAGUAUUUGACCAAUUGUUGUACAAAAUGUAAAGGGGAAGUUUAGUUUCCAUUGAUGAGCAAUCGCCAUUGACGUCUACACUAUUAUUAUCAUUUUCAUCUACACAAAUCAGCAGUCUCCCCUUUACUUUGGUACCAAGAUCAUCUAUUAUGUAAAACCAGUGGUCACCAAUAUACACUGCUCAAAAAAAUGAGAGGAACACUUGGAAAACACAUCAGAUCUAAACUGGGGGAAAAAUGAUCUUGAAUAUCUUUCCUGAUAAUAA